UGAACUAGGUCCCCCUUCACAUAUUUUCACUUUAUUAUUUCUCCUCUUCUUUUUAAUUACUUGUUACUAGCUAGUAAUAAUUAAGCCCAACUCAUACAUAUCUCAAGCAACAUACAACAUCAAUAAUAGAUAGAUAUCGAUGGAUAAGGGCGGCAGUGAUGUGCUAUCUGAUUUCUUUGACGAUUCCGCUGACGACAUCUUUAGCCUCCUUGAGUCUCUAGAUGAUUUCCAAACCCCUAAUCCAGGGGGAGAAACUUCUCGUGAGACUACGCCGUUGGCUGCCGCCGUGGUUGAAGAGUCGCACGAGGCGGAGGGGGAGCCGUCCUCCCUGCAGAGGACAUGCAAAAGACAGAAAGUGAUGAACGCCCCCUUUGCCUCUGCGUAUGAGUCGUCCGAUGACGGGCAACAACAGCCUCGGAGUUGUCACAUCGCCGUCGAGAGGAACCGGAGGAAGCAGAUGAAUGAUCACUUGUCUGUGCUCCGCACUCUCAUGCCAGCGUUUUAUGUCAAAAGGGGUGACCAAGCAUCAAUAAUAGAAGCGGUGGUGGAUUACAUUAAUGAGUUGCAACAUAUACUUCAAUCCUUGGAGGCCAAGAAGCAAAGAAAGGUUUAUAGCAGCGACAAUAACAUUCCAAGUCCGAGGAUACUUACAAGUCCAAGAAAACCAGCUAUGAGUCCGAGGUUGAGCUUGCCACCAAUUAGCCCAAGAACACCCCAACCAAACACUACUACUUCUUCUUCGUACAAACCUACAAAUCAUAAUAAUACUAGUCCAAGGUUAUUAUUACCAUCUCCGUCACCCGGUUUUUUAUUCCCGACACCCGUUGCUUCACCUCCGACUUCCUCCUUGACCCGUCCCAUUGACCGUGGCAACGAGGUCGCGGGGAAGUCCAAGUCGGACAUUGCUGACGUGGAGGUGAAGUUUUCUGGGUCAAAUGUGAUUCUCAAAACGGUUUCUCCGCGCAUUCCGGGCCAAGCUUUGAAGAUCAUCUCUGCACUUGAAGACAUGGCCCUCGAGAUACUCCACGUCAGCAUCUCCACCAUUAAUGACGCCACGUCCCUUUACUCCUAUACUAUUAAGAUUGGAAUUGAAUGCCAACUGAGUGCGGAGGAACUGGCUCAACAAAUCCAGAAAACAUUCUGCUAAUUAAUUAGUAGCAUGUGAUGAUUGAAUUGCUUUAUUUGUUUAUUAAUGUCGUCUUCUUCUAGCUAGCUAGUGCAUGCAUGCAUGUCCAAACCUCUCUCUCGAUCUAAUCUCUCUCUUGAUUUUGAAGGAUAAUUAAUAAAUGAAAUGUGGGUAG